UCUCUGAAUGUCGGCAUCCAUUUUGGAUUUCAUCUCCGUUUGAGUAUGGAAAAGAAAUGUUGUGUCAAGAAUUGCCGCACUAACUCGGGAAAAAAUACCAAGGACAUUUUAUUCUUCAACUUUCCAAAAGCUCAGAAUCAAAGGAAAGAGUGGGAAAAAGCCAUAAACGUGAGAUGUUUUAAAUCCAAUAAUGCCACACUGCUGUGCUCCCGCCACUUCCUUGAAAACAACUUUCACGCGAUUCGCGGUCGAUCAGUGUUGAAAAAAAAUGCAGUGCCAUCGUUGGAAUUAAAUCCAAAGCCCGAGAAGGAGAAGGCACGGUUGUGUGUAAAGAAGCAAGUGGCAAAAGAGACGAAAAAGGGAGAGAAAAAGAAUUUGGAAAAGGGCACCAUACCAAACCAAAAGACAGCACCGUGUGAAGCAAAAGAGACGAAACCGGUAGAGAAAAAGAACUUGUCAAAAUGUUUAGUUUGCCAGCAACCAGUUGCUUUCAUGUACGAGUUUCUCACCGACGCUCACGCCCACAGAGCAUUUGCCUUGAAGAAAUUCAUCUGUGGUCAUUGCCUCCAUGAGUUUGAGAGCUUCAGCGACAUGAUGUCGCAUGUCACUAGCCUUGGAUCGGCUAAGGAGUAUGUGCCUGACAGAAGUGAAGUAGCACCAGUUCCUCGAAUGGCUCCACGUCGAGAGUAUCCUUGUCCACAGUGCAAUGCUGUCUUUGGAACCACUAUGGCAAGACUCUAUCACGAAGUUACUCAUACUGCUGUAAGUGAGGAAGAUUUCUGCAAGCAGCUGAAGCUCAAGGCAAAUGUUGUGGAUGCAUAUGAGGAGAGUACUACCAACAGGCGUGAGAAGACUGCUGCCAGGAAGCCACUACUAGCGGGGAGACGACGUAAGAUUCUUGCUGCUGAUCCAUCUGAAAUCUGUUUUGAUGAACCACAAGAGAAAAGAAAAUCUCAGUCUCCUGAGCAUGAACAAGAAACAAAAAAGCUGUGCAGGGCAAACACCCCAACUGGUAGAAAGCAGUUGAAUACCCUCAGUUCAUUAUCACCGCAGAGGAAACAGGAGCUUGUGUCAAUAGUUUACUGUAAUUGGUGUGAACAGAAAUUCAUGAGCCUAAGGCUUUUGGACAAGCACUAUUGGUCUCAGCACCCAAACAUGGACAUCCCUUUGGACCUUGCUUUCGAGGUGGGCAGUGGGGAUGUGACACCCAGACUGACACCGUGCUCAGCGUGUGCUAAACGGACUGCAUGUGUAAAAGCCAUACAAAAAUUGCUUGAUGAAGCUGUAACUGAUGUUGAAACAAUACCCUGAGAUUGCCACUGUGCUCUUAUUUUUAAAUAGCGUUGAAAAAAUGUCAGGCUGGUGGAAAGAGGAGCAACUUUGUCAUAAUUGCAUUGCUCAUUACUCUGUGGUUGUCUGUUGCUUGUCUCCUUGACUUAGCUGCCCUUUCUGUGCAAGUUCUGUGCAUGGCCAGUUUACACUCACUGAACCUGUAUCACAGCAGCAACAGCAGUGAAGUGUGUGUCUGGGCAUCCUGCCAGCUUAUGUCCUCUAAUCUAAAAAAAACGGCCCCAAUAAAAUGGCUAAUGUUGUUGGUGCUUGUAAAGCUGGAUUUGUUUGUUGUGACAUGUAGAAGGCUGUUAGGGUUCAACAUAAUGAACUGUGGAAUGUUGAAUCUUCAUUGAAAAGUGCAAUGACAGAAAGCUCUUCCAAAUGCUGCAGAUGUGGUAUUGAAGAUGUCACACAUUUGAAUUAUGAAUUGGUUGUCAAAACACCGCACCUCACACAAGUUUGUGCGGAACUUGCAUGUCUUGGUCUGGAUGUGUUGUCCAGUGCAUAUUUAUGCAAGACUGAGGGCAUUAUUGUACUUUCUUUGUUUUGUGCUUUGAAACAGUACAAAAUUGUGGCCAUAUAUGUACAAAUUGCAGAUUUUUCAGUUUCAUAAAAAUUUUGCUCUAGUGUUUGAGUUGGAUAAAGCAUAUUGCCGUGCAUACUAUAUUGCUCAUGUUCCCUCUUUUUGCGAUGGAAGGCUAAAUUACUGUAUGCAUCACAAUGCUCAAUUUGCAAGUACAUAUUAGGCUGAUAUUUAGGUAAGCAGACAAGUAACAUAGGAGGUUUUAUGUGCAAAGUGCUGUUGUUCUAAGCAAUCAUUGGAACAGUUGUUUGCAAACUUGCAAUCUGCAAAAGCUAAUGGUGAAACAAAGGGAAGGCACAACACGCCGAGGAGGGAAAAAAGUAAGGAAAUGGAGAGGUUAGCCAGUGUUUACACCAGCUUGUUACUUUUUACUGGGAAAAUGGUAAAGGGCUUGAAAGGUGAUAGAAAAAAAGAAGAGAUAAAAUGAGAAAGGAGGUGUGCACACAAAGGCAAUGAAAUGUGCUACAAUUCUUAGUUGACCACACACUUUUCCGUGCACUCUGCUAGUCCUCAAGUGGUGGAGCAAUGCUUUCAAAGCCUUCUGUCUUGAACAUGGUCUGAACCAGUGCCCGAAGAUUCUCUCCUUCGUCAAUAAGUGAUUGUCCAGUUUGUCGAGCACAGUCGAGAGCACUUUUCUAGCCAGUCAUAGAGGAGAUGCCCAAUUGUCUCCUCACAGCCGCAGCUACCAUAAACAAGGCCAGCCAUUCUGAUGCGGAAUGAAUAGGCAUUCGUGAAUGCACAACACUUCAUUAUUAGUCAUAUGCCUGUCAUCUGAAAAAAGCAACAUUUAUGCAUUCCAAUGUUUCUGGUGGAAUCCUAAUAGUGCCCUGGUUAGUGUGAUAGACAUUGUAAUCAUUUGCUUUCCGGUGAGAUCAUAAUAGUAUGCAGUUGAAAGCACUAAAUCUUUUACUUCAGUUUCUUGUACAAGUGUGCAAGAUUAAAUUGUGUGCACCCGCUGCAAUAAGCAACUGUCCACAGAAUACAGAUCAAUGAAGUGAAGCUGUAUUUAGAUUAUGUCUGUGAAAUGUGCAGUUAUGAAGUAAUUCCUACUUUUGAUGUCCAGAGAAAUUGUCCUUAGCAUUAUGUGUUAUUGUUGGAGCAUGACCCUGUGUUUUAUGAAACUUGUAGGCCAAAAUCCUUAAUAUUUUAAUGUUAGGUAAACAUGACAUUUGCAGUUGACAGAAGAAAGCUUUGUACAUUCUUAUUUAACACUACCCAUAGCCACUGGGUGAAGUAUUGAAAUGUUCUUAUCCUCAAGGAGAUUUCAUGCCAGUUGGUUUUGAAUCCAGUUCUGAGCAGUUAUCUCCUGUAUUGGAGAGUGAUGGCAGCACUGCAUUCUUACACUUCGCUCAUGUGAUUGCUGAGCUGGCAUUUCCGAAUAAAAUGGAAGUAAAUAUGUG